AUGAAAUACCUAAUACAGCGGUUGUUGGAUUGGAAAGACAACAAUUGGAAGAUUGACAUGCCGGGCAAGGUUGUUGCCGACAUGAAAGGCAAUCAGUUCUUUGACGGAUCGGAGCUAUUAUCGCCCGUCAGUCAGCAAUUCAAUGUUCCGUUAGAUCAGAUAAAUUUUUUUGCUGCUCACAUGGCUGCCAUAUUUCUUGGUACAAUUUUUCGACUUCUUGUAAGUCCUAAAAUAUUUGGGGCCACAAUUAGGCAUUUAGUUGAACUCUCCAUUGGCAUAUACAUCAUAUACUUCUGCUAUGGAAAACAGAUAGUCCACAUUUUAAUUCCAAGUUUUGCUUCAUACAUCUUCAUGAAAAUUCUACCUUUUGGAAUCAUGGAAAAAGUAGUCCUACUGUUUAACAUGGGCUAUUUAGGAUAUUGCCACAUCACAAGAAUGAUAUACGACUAUGGUGGUUAUACGUUAGAUGUCACCGGGCCCUUAAUGAUAGUGGUGCAGAAAGUGACCAGCCUAGCUUACAAUAUUUAUGAUGGAAAUGUGUACAAUGUUAGGAUUACUGAAAAUAUGACUCGAGUUUCUUUAAAGAAUGUUCCGAGGUUGCAUGAAUACUACAGUUACAUCUUCUGCUUUCAUUCCAUUAUGUGUGGGCCGUUUUGCUUCUUCAAAGAGUAUUCUGAUUUCAUAGAUGGCAGCAUGGAGUUCUCAGAACAGUCAUUUUUAUACAAGAAUUGUUUGGUUGUCUUUGUUAGCUGCAUACAUAGAUACAAAUAUUAUUUUGCUUGGUCUUUGGGUGAAGCAAGCAAUAUAUCAGCUGGUCUGGGGUUCAAUGGUUACAAUGCUCAUGGUGAGGCCCGGUGGGAUCUCGUUGAUAAUGCUGUCAUCAGUAAGACUGAGCUGGCAACAGGCAUAAAACAGUUCAUAGAUAAUUGGAACAAGACGACGAAUUAUUGGCUGCGACACGUAGUUUACGAACGGACUCGAAGCGUGUUCGCCGUUUUCAUCUUCAGUGCCCUCUGGCAUGGUUUCUACCCUGGCUACUAUAUCACUUUCAUCAGCUGCGGUCUCUUUCUUAUCGUCUCCAAAAAGGUCAGGAAACUGCUCAGGCAUCAUUUUCAAAUUACAG